CGCGCGGAUUGAGUCAAGUGAACCUACCGAAAGGUGGUGUUGACCGACCGCAGCAGGUUUUCAGUUAGAAACCUGAACAUUUCAACCUCCUAAGGCAACUGACUGGCAGUAACGCCAGGUCCUUAGUUUAUUACGGAAGAGCCAGCAGCGCCGGAGUUGAGGCUACGAGACCGACGGGAGAAAGUAAAUCCCGGGGGGAAAGCGCCCGAAGUGAGCUUGAGGAUCAAAGCUACCGCUAACUUAGCCAGUCACUGCUAAAUAAUUAAACGGAAACUGGUGGCUCUUUACUGGUUGUUUUUUGACGUAAUAAUUGGGGUUACAGAGUAAAUACUUUGGGGCAAUUUCUUAACUUAUUUAUUACAUUUUUAUUUAGUUACCGAAGGGUUUUGCCUCAGCGUUUUAGGCCACAGGCGACAGUAGCCGGUCUUUUUGAGGUUACACCGGCUCUGGUGCUAAACAUAGUUGGAUUUUACUUCCGCUUCAUUACGGGAGGUAUCAAUUUUGAUAAAUUAGGUUAAACUUGAUAUUUUCUAAGCCUUGUGCUUCGCAAUGCUGAAACCCCAGCAGCAACCCGGCUCAGGCGGGAGAAAGGCAUCCAACGGAACGUCAGGCCCAGGCGGUAUGUCUUCCCCAGUCAGCGGCAGCAGGACAUCGACUGCAAGGAAUCGAACUUCUGCAAAGUCCUCUUUCCAGUCGCCACCUGUGUUUGAGGGUGUGUACAACAAUGCCAGAAUGCUUCAUUUCCUCACAGCUGUUGUGGGAUCCACCUGUGACAUCAGAGUGAAGAAUGGCAAUGUGUUUGAAGGCAUAUUUAAGACUCUCAGUUCUCGGUGUGAGCUGGCUGUGGACGCUGUACACAAACGCAGCGAGGAAGAGGGCUCAACAUUGGUUCCGCCACGAAGGGAGGACAUCACAGACACCAUGAUCUUCAACCCUUCAGAUCUGGUCACAAUGAUCUGCAGAGAUGUUGACCUCAACUUUGCUACUAGAGACACCUUUACUGACACCGCCAUCAGCUCCAACCGCAUCAAUGGAGAACAUAAGGAGAAGGUUCUACAGAAAUGGGAAGGAGGAGACAGCAAUGGAGAGAGUUAUGAUCUAGACAACGAUACAUCUAAUGGGUGGGAUGCCAAUGAGAUGUUUCGCUACAACGAAGUAAAAUAUGGCGUCACGUCAACCUAUGAUUCCAGCCUCUCCAUGUAUACUGUUCCAUUGGAGAGGGGCAACUCUGAGGUCUAUCGGCAGCGGGAAGCACGCGCUGCUCGUCUGGCCAAUGAGAUUGAAUCGAGCCCACAGUACCGCAUUCGGCUCAACCUGGAAAACGACGAGGGCAAAAGUGAGGAGGAAAAGUUCAGCUCUGUGGCCAGGGAUGGCAGCGAUCGGGAAAAGGGUCGUGAGAGCCCCCGUGACCGAGACCGCGAAAGAGGUCGAGACAGUCCUGGAGCUGGUAGCAGAGAGGUAAAGUACAUCCCACUACCCCAGCGUCAGAGAGAGAUGAACCGGGAGCGAGGUCCUGGUGGACCUUCUCCACACAAUCGUCUCAGUGGAUGCCACCGCUCCACUCCUGCGCCCUCGUCAUCAUCGUCCCCAAGACCCCCCCUACCCUCUGGUGCUGGCCCCCAGCCUGGGGUCUCCCCCUCAGAGAGAAACAGCCCUCUGUCAAGUCGAGGUGGGUCAUACGUUCCCCAUCACUCACAAGGGAGCCCGAGCCCUGGCUCUGGUCCUGCAAGCCCGUACACCCCUGCCUCUCCUGGACAAGCGUCCACGCCAGCUUCUGCUUCUACCGCCACAUCCCCAUCCAGUCCCCCCGCCCCCCAUGGACACGCAGUUCCUCAUUCCCACUCACUGUCGCUGUCUGACACCGGCAGACCCGUUAAUGGAGUCUCUACUAGAACGUCCCCCAAAACCCAAAGACCUCCACAGUCCAGCAGGACGAACCGCGCUUCAAAUUCACACUCUCAGCCCACAGCCACUCGUUCCCCUAAGUCAGGCUCCUCCCAGGACACGUCUUACUUGGACGCUUCGCUUGUCCCCCUACCUGCCCAGAAGACAUCUGGCCCUGCCCCAACCUUCCCUGUGGAUGUGAAUGAAAUCCUUGGUGCAGCUGCAAAAGAGCGCUGUGCAGAGAGCCCGAGCAGCACGGAGGACGGCAAAAACAGCAAAGCACCGUCGAUCCAGCAGCGGUCUCAGAUAGAAGAGCUGCGAAAAUUUGGCAAAGAAUUCAGGCUGCAGCCGAGUGGAGGCAGCUCCAGUUCUCCCACUUCUCCUGCAGCAGCAACACCUCCCUCUGUCGGUGACAUCACCCAGCUGGCCACAGCCAAGCCUCCAUCGUCAGACCCUGCUUCAGAGGCUAAGUCUCAGCCUGCAGCUCCCAGUCCGUCUCAGCCUCAGCUGCAGCAUUCGCCGGCUCCUGCGGACGAACCCAAGGACGCAACAACCACGCUGGGUUCUGCAUCCGCCGCUGCCACGGCACUCGUUUCAGACAGGCAGUCGCCUGCAACCCCUCAGCCAGCCAGGACCCCAGGAAGUGAGGAUGUACGGUCUGAGACGACGGAGCGGACGGAGGGUCUGCCAGACCAAGUGAAGAAAUCAACUUUAAAUCCAAACGCUAAAGAGUUCAACCCCAUUAAACCUCAGAUGCCCAUGACUAAACCCAACACAGCACCCACCCCACCCCGCCCUACCCCCCCGAGCCCGGUGGUCCUGCAGCACCCCGGUGGCCAGGCGCCGCUCUACAACGCCCCCUACCUCCAGUACGUCUCUCAGAUCCACACUGUACAGCCCCCACCAAUGUACCAGUACACCAUGCCCACCGUCACCCAAGGAAAAUACGCCAGGGCCAAAGGUCAUUCUUUUCUCCAUUUACAAAGAUCCGUCGUGGCGACGCGCUCUGAUCAUGGUGCCACAGCACCACAGAUGCUUCAGGCCGCUGCAUCAGCAGCCGGAGCUCCUCUGGUGGCGUCGCCCUACCCUCCAUCUUAUCUCCAGUACAACCCACAGCAGUACAGCCAGCAGCAGGUCAUUCAGGCCAUGACGCCCUACCCUGGACAGCCCAUGUACUCCAUGCUCCAGGGUGGAGCAAGGAUGCUAGGUCAAGGUGGUGGUCAUCCACAAGCCCUGGGACCACCUGGAGGCCCUCAGUUCCCUGCACAGGGAGAUGGGCCCCAGGGACCACAGCAGGGCAUUUAUGCCCCUCAGUCAUUCUCUCAUCAUUCGGGUGCCGUUCAUCAGCCACAGCCUUCUAGCACCCCAACAGGAAACCAACCCCCACCCCAGCACGCUGCACCCAGCCCCGGACAGAACGCCCAGUCAGGCCCACAGCCUCAGUCCUUGUACCACUCAGGUCCCUUAUCGGCACCCACUCCCCCCAACAUGGCUCCAGGUCACACGUCUCCACAGGGCUCCUACCCAAUUCAGGGCUACAGCAUCCACAGCCAUCAGGGCAUCCCACCAACGUACCCGCUGGGGCAGAUAGCACAGGCUCACGUACAGGGAGCCAUGCCAGGUCCUCACCACUCAGGCAGCCAUGGCCAACCCCAGUUAGUCAUGUUGCAGACUCCUCAGCAGGGUCCUGGUGGCGUUCCCCAGCACCCUCAGCAUGGACCUCAGCAAGGAGCACACCAGCACUUUUACAUCGGACACCCACAAGCGAUGCAGGUACAAACCCACCCUGCUACGUUCCAUCCACCUGGAAACUAAACCCCUCUGCCUCCACGUCCUAUACUCUCCCCACCCCCUCCCACCUGCCGGACAUGAAGUCCAGGAACACACAACUCCGAACAAACGUUCUGGCUCACACAGAGGAGAUGAGAAGAUGAAGAAUUCUGCCAGCACCUUACUCUUGUGCUUCAACGUUCAUCAGUACACAACAUCAGUCAGCCCCAGAGCAGGAGGACAUUUUUAAUGAAGACAAAAGGACAGCAGCAGCAUCCAAACUCUCCUACUGCUGAGCUCUCCGCCCGUUGCUUUCUGUUUCUGCCUUGCUGGGUGCUCCAGUGGAAGACGGAAAAACAGCAGCAGACAUUUUUCCUCUUCCAGAGAAAAGGUUUUGUAAUUACCACAACACAACCAGAAAACUAAAACUGUCCAAACUUGAGACUACGGUGCGAUAGGAGGGACAUGCAGACGUGGGAGAUUUUUAGCAACUUUUUUAAGUCGACACAGUAAUCCUUCCCCCCCCCCCCCCCCCCGCCAUCUUCUCUCCUGUAGGAAAAUAUAAUUAAUAAAAAAAAAAAGGACAAGACAAAAAAAAUUAAAAAACAAUGACUAAAAAAUAAAGUUCUCAACUCAACUACAUAAA